AGAGAGAAGGGGCGGAGAACUGGAGGAGGAGGAAUGCCAAGCUCCAUCCAGAGCUAAGAGCAGAAGCAUUUGCGCAGAUAGUCUGCGCUGCAAGAACACUCUCUCGGUUUCCCAGCCUUGGAAGUUUCCAGUUUAAAAAAAAAAAAUAAAUAAUUAUCAUUAUUGUUAUUGCGUAUCUGCUGCUCCAUCAGCCUGCGACGGAGCACGCAUCGACAGCAGCCAGCCUGUGAUAAUAGACUGCAUCAGGGAUAUAAGAUGGUGAUCAAAGUGUACAUAGCAACGUCCUCCGGAUCCACCUCGAUUAAAAAGCAGCAGCAGGACGUGAUGGGCUUCCUGGCGGCCAAUAAAAUCGAGUACGAGGAGUGCGACAUCGCGGCCAACGAGGCCAACAGGAAGUGGAUGAGGGAGAACGUACCGGAGGAGUCACGACCUGCCACUGGGAACCCUCUGCCCCCUCAGAUCUUUAAUGAAGAAAAAUACUGCGGGAACUAUGAGGCCUUCUUCGACGCCAGAGAGGACAACGCUGUGUAUGCAUUUCUGGGUCUGACUGCUCCUCCAGGUUCGAAGGAAGCAGAGGCUCAAGCGAAGAAGGCGCAGCAGUAGCAUUUCUAUCACCGUUUCUACCUUAAACCUCAGGCCUUCCCAAGACCCGGACUGACCCAGAACCGACCCGGAAGAAAAAAAACUAAACAAAAAACAAAGAGAAACAACUCACCACUCGGUUUAUAAGCGCACGGACCGAUCGUUCAUUCUUACCUUUACUCAGUGUGUUUUCUUAUAUUUCCGCCGUGCCUUCCCAGCAGCAGGUAAAAGCACGGAGCACUCCGGUUAGCCUCAGCCUGCUAAACCUGUUAGCCUAAUGCCCAUC